AUGUCUGAUCAAGACAUUCAACCAAAUAGAUAUGACCAAUUGAGAAAUACCUUUGAAUACUACAUCGAUUCAUACAAUGCAUUGUAUCAGUUGAAAACACAAAAUGAAGAAGAUUUAUACGAGAUUUACAAAAUGCUCAAAACAGAGUUGAUUGAUUCAAAGAAAUAUCUCCCUCAAAAUAUUUUAAAAGAUAUUUUAGAUAUCAUUCCUUAUAAUAAUCGCUAUUCAAAGUCAUAUUUAACUCUUGCUAAAUUCAUAUCUGAUGAUUAUCAUGUCCAUGAGGUCAGCAAUGCUAACUCUAUUUCAAUCUUUCUGUUUUAUAAAGAAUAUGGGAUUAAAUUAGGUGAUUUUUACAAAUUUCGAAAUCUCGAUAUUCUUACAGAAAAUACAAUUUGCAGAGCAAUUAUGGAUAAUGACCUCAAAACAUUCAUAUCAUUCACCGAAAAAGAAGGAUUUGAUAAAAAACUAAUAAUUAAUAGCAGUUUAUAUCCAAUAACUUAUCCAGGAUAUUCAUUACUUGAAUUAUGUUGUUACUAUGGUUCAGUUGAUUGCUUUAAGUUAUUAAGAACGAAGUUUAAAUCAAAAAUAACUGAAACAUGUCUAGAAUUAUCAUUUUUAGGAGGAAAUCCAGAGAUCAUGAGUGAAUGUUUGAAAUAUAAAACACCAAAUAAAGAAUGCAUGGAAAAAGCAAUUAUUUCACACAACAUUGAUUUUGUUACAUUCUUGAUGAAUGAAUACAACACAAACAUCGAUUUAUCUUUUUGUGGAAAUUAUAAUAAUCUUGAAUCAUUUUUAGUUUAUUUCGAUCAAACUAAUGAUGUUAACAAUUGCUUUUUUAAUUCACUGAAGUUUGAUAUUCCAUCCCUUUGUGAAUAUUUCCUUUCACUUGGAGCAAAUAUCAAUUCAAAGGAUGAAUUUGGUGUAAGCCCUCUUCGUCGUACAGCAGAAUAUAAUAGCAAAGAAACAGCUGAAUUUCUUAUUUCACAUGGUGCAGAUAUUAAUGAAAAGGAUAAAGAUGGACAAACCGUUCUUCAUACAGCAGCACGUUAUAAUAGCAAAGAAACAGCUGAAAUUCUUAUUUCACAUGGUGCUAAUAUCAAUGAAAGAGAAAAAGAAGGGAAAACAAUUCUUCAUAUAGCAGCACUUAAUAAUAGUAAAGAAACAGCUGAACUUCUUCUUUCUCAUGGUGCAAAUAUUAAUGAUAAAGAUAAAUAUGGGCUAACCGCUCUUCAUAUUGCAGCAAUGAAUAAUAAUAUAAAAACAGCUGAAAUACUUCUAUCACAUGGUGCUAAUAUCAAUGAUAAAGAUACAAAUGGGAAAACAGCUCUCCAUGUUGCAGCAAAUCAAAAUAAUAAAGAAACCGCCGAAAUUCUUAUUUCCCAUGGUGCAGAUCUCAAUGAAAAAGAUUUUAAUGAGGAAACUGCUCUUCAUGCCGCAACAUUACAUCAAGCAAAAGAAGUAUUCAAGUUACUUGUUUUACACGGAGCGAAUAUCAAUGAAAAAGAUAAAAGUGGGAAAACAGCUCUUCAUAAUGUAGCACGUUUUAAUAAUAAUGAAAUGGCCGAAAUGCUUAUUUCUCAUGGAGCAAAUAUCAAUCAAAAAAAUAAAUAUGAACAAACCGUUCUUCAUAUUGCAGCAUGUAACAAUAGUAAAGAAAUAGCUGAACUUCUUGUUUCACUUGGUGCAAAUAUCAAUGAAAAAGAUAAAAAUGGAAAAACACCCCUUCAUCGCGCAGCAGAAUAUAAUAGCAAAGAAGUGGCCGAAGUUCUUAUUUCCCAUGGAGCAAAUAUCAAUGAAACAGAUAUUAAAGGAAAAACUGCUCUACACUAUGCAACAGAAAAUAAUAGCAAAAGAGCGGCCGAAGUUCUUAUUUCCCAUGGGGCAAAUAUCAAUGAAAAAGAUGUUACCAUUAAUGAAAAUACCGCUAUAUAUGAUGCACCAAAUAAAUCCAAUCAACAUUGUUCAUUCCUUUGA